AGCGGUUCCUGAGUCAUAGCAACUUCAGAAGAUCACGUGUCAACAUAGUCCUCUCCUUGCUGAAGGUUAGAAUAACUGCUUGGCAAUUCUUUCGCUCACGGGAAGGUAUCAGUGUAUUGUUGUCUGUUACCAUGACGACCAUUACGGUACUACUGCUCCUGGUGGCUGCUGCUUCAACCAUUGCUUUUUCUCCACCUGAAAGAAAUGGCGGACCUGCACUUGAAGUUCGCAGAUUUGCGGUAGACGAGACUGCUCAUCCCUGGUUCGUGGUCCGGAGACGUCGUGGCAUCCCUGCAGCAUCCAAAUCUGCAUCCGGCGCGGCAUCUUUCGCAACCAGCUCGAGCAGUUCCGGUUCAACUUCCGGUUCCGGGUCCGUCCCUGGGUACCACAGCGGUUUCGACGGGGUGCAAGGACACAGCGGUGGAAAUCCAAGCGGUUUCGUAUUCCCAGGAGCAAACGACUUCGCGAACUACGGUUACGGGGCGUAUAGUCCGUACGGGGGAGCAGGGUAUGUUCCAGUUGACUUCAAUACCUUGUUUCAACAGUACCUCAACUUCAUGCAGCGCCUAGCCCAACAACAGGCCUAUGCCACAAAUGAAAUCAACAGCCGAGCUGCUUUCCCGGGACCGAAUGACUUCAGUGGUUCACCGGGAUUUGUGUUCCCUGAAGCAACACAUUUCGGUGGAAGCGUCUCAGAUGGCGGUCCAGUUUCUGCCUCCGCUUCUGCCAGUUUAGGUCCUAAGGGCGGUUUUGGUUCAGUAUCAAUUUCACCGCCCCCUCAAGGUAACUUGGAGCUCGGCACUCGGAUGGGAAGUGUUCCACCGUCAGAUGGCAACAACUUCUCCGUGUUCACCUCCUCGUCAAGCAGCAGUAGCGACGAGAAUGGGGUCAGGAAGAGCUCCAAGGAAGCUACGUCCGUUAUCAACGACAACGGGAAAAUCACUACGUAUCACGUUAGUGACCCGUAAGGACAUCCUUAGUAUUACUCUGAUAUUCGUGUUCUCUGCACAGAGAAACAAGCCCUGACGCUUUUCUAACUGCUUUUAACAGCACAGGAUUUACUUUCGCUGCAAUUGCAGGGAAAUCGCAAGGUGAAGAUAAAUCGAACCAAAUGGGCUGAUGCCCAUCUGUUUUAACCUGUGUUCGAUGUUGCACCUGUCAGAUAUUAUUCCAUAAACUGCUGCUAUGAAAUAGUACAUCCUUUAAUCUUAUAUGAUUCCUUUUGCUGAACUAAAAAUUCAACCAAUGUUAAGAUAAAUAAUAAAAAUAGGCUUUGUCACUUUAAAGCGAGAGUAAACAUUAAAAUGAUAUAAUAAUACCAUCUUAUAAGUAAUUUACUACUACUUCUCAGCACUAUUGAGGAAGAAAAGAUGCGUUUCCCUGAAAUAUGAUUGAGAGUUUCCAUUGAAGGGAAAGAUUUUCGUUUUUAUAUAUUUGUUUUGGGAAGAACGGAAACUUGUUUAUCUGGUUCACACACACUUAUCAAGUUACGUUUACUUCUCUGUUUACCAUAUUAGCUUGCCCUAUUGCCGUUGUUGUGUCUUCCAAAUGCUGAAAGAUUAAUUUAGAAUUAUGUACUUGCCUCUUGUUCAGGUGAGGCCACCAGUUCUCUCCGACACUAAACAAUCUAGUGAAAUUUAGAAUGAACACCAAGACACAUACCAUGAACCAGUGAACACUGGCUUUGAGACGUGAAUCAACAUACAGGCAGUUACAGAUCUAUGUACUCUGUGCAGCUGAUAUGUCCCAUGGUUGCUGUUACCCUCGGCUAUCAGACAAAAAUUGCCACUUAAGUCUUGCCAGUUGACUAAUCUGGUCUGACAUGAUCAAAUUUUUUAUUCUAAGUUUCACGAGAACCUUUAAGUUCUUCUUCCGCCUAAAAAUGUCACUGGUAACUUCCAUGAUACAGAGACUACAAUUAUAUUCAUAUUCCAAAAGACGACAACAAUGGCUGGUUUUCUAGUAUUGUUACAGAAGAGACCGGCGUUUCUUAACGAAUGCAUUGAAAGUGUUGAACUACGUUCCUUUUUUUUUAAAUUGUGAAAAAAUAUUUUAUAUUAUUUUGUUACUGCUAGCAUCUUCACCGCUUUAUACACAUACGAACGUACUAAGUUAACGAAACUCGAUAAAAUGACAAAAGUUGCAUUGCAACAGAUUUCUUUGGUAGCUAACAUGAAGCAGUAUUGAACAUAUAUGAGACCUUACACAAUUCAAUUGCACAAGCAUUUUCUUUUCUUAUGGACACCAAUUUGAGGUAAGAAUUGUAGUAUUCUUAUAUUUGUAUUUUUACAGUGCACCGUAACCAGACUGUAAAUUAUGAACUUGUAUUUCGGAGAGGUAGAAAUGCUAGACGAAGGAAAACACUUCUAAUUGCAUUACUUUAAAAAUAACAAAUUUUUAUUGUAUACGAGUAUGUGUAUUUGUUCCUCCUUGUUCUAACGUUGAUUAUUUGUGGUUCAUAUGAGAUAAAUAAUUAGAGAUAUAGUUUGGUGAAUAUUUACCAACUGUGUCAGUAUUUUUCCCAUGUGAAUAUGACCAUUUUAUUGUGUUCCUUAUUGUCUUCGUUAAUAAUCCGAUUUCUUUUCUCCACACACUUCCACAUGUAAUAUAUGGGCAUUAACUCUUCCUCUGAGAGACUGCGCGUCUCCAUAAUUAGUGACACCUUUUCCCUACUCGUCAAUCUCUAACACAACUUGUCCUGCUUUCAUUGUGUAUUGCGUGUAUUUAAAGCUUUUAUGAUUAAACAUUUUUAUCUGCAGAUAAUUAGUGAAAUA